CAUAACCUAAACACCUUUAAGUUCUGGAGAGGAUCAACAAGACAAUUACUACUGGACUGAGCGACUGCUGAGACAAGUGUAGCCAUGCUGAGAGGCCUGUUUCAGAGGAAACCUAAACAUGAGAGACUGGAGGAGGAACCUGAGGUCAGAUUUAAAGGCUCGCUGGUGUCAGAGACAGACCUGGGAUACACAUACGUCCGGCCUGGAGGCUCCGACUAUUCUCCCCCUCCGCCCCUGCCUCGGCCUCCUCCCACCGGCCUGACAAACGAGCACAGUGGUGGUGGUAGCCAUGGUGACCAUGGUGGAGGAGGGGGCGGGGUCAACCACGGGGUCGGCGUGGUGGGCCUGGCUCCGGAGCACAUCCCCACACCGGGGGCGGCCCUGAGCUGGCAGGCGGCCAUCGACGCUGCGCGGCAGGCAAAGAUGAUGGGCAACGCCGCAGCAGGUGGAGGGGCAGGGCUUGGGUCGGGAGGGGGCGGGCCCAUCUCCACGGCCAGCUCCACGCAAAGGAAAAGACAACACUAUAGCUCUAAGCCCAAGAAACAGACAACGACGACAGCCACAAGGCCGCCACGGGCCCUACUCUGUCUCACGCUCAAGAACCCCAUCCGCAGGGCCUGCAUCAGCAUCGUAGAGUGGAAACCAUUUGAGAUCAUCAUCCUGAUGACCAUAUUCGCCAACUGUGUGGCCUUAGCCGUCUACAUCCCCUUCCCCGAGGAUGACUCAAACGCCACCAACUCCAACCUGGAGCGUGUGGAGUAUCUGUUCCUCAUCAUUUUCACGGUGGAGGCGUUCCUGAAAGUAAUAGCCUAUGGCCUGCUCUUCCACCCCAACGCCUACCUGAGGAACGGCUGGAAUCUGCUCGACUUCAUCAUCGUAGUCGUAGGGUUAUUCAGCGCGAUCUUGGAGCAGGCCACAAAGGGGGAUGGGGCCACUCCUAUUGGAGGGAAGGCAGCAGGCUUCGAUGUCAAGGCUCUGAGGGCAUUCAGAGUACUCAGACCCCUCAGACUGGUCUCCGGAGUACCAAGUUUACAGGUAGUGUUGAACUCCAUAAUCAAAGCCAUGGUUCCUCUGCUCCACAUCGCCCUGCUGGUCCUCUUCGUCAUCAUCAUCUAUGCCAUCAUCGGCCUGGAGCUCUUCAUGGGCAAGAUGCACAAGACCUGCGUUUACGAGCAUAUAGGCACCAAUGCAGAGGAAAAGCCGGCACCGUGCGCACCUGACGGAGCUUAUGGUCGACACUGUAAACAGAAUGGAACAGAGUGUAAAAUGGGAUGGGAGGGUCCCAAUGACGGCAUCACCAACUUUGACAACUUUGCCUUUGCCAUGUUAACGGUUUUCCAGUGUAUAACCAUGGAGGGCUGGACGGACGUGCUAUACUGGAUGCAGGAUGCUAUGGGCUAUGAGCUGCCAUGGGUCUAUUUUGUCUCUCUCGUCAUCUUCGGCUCCUUUUUCGUUCUCAAUCUCGUUCUGGGGGUGUUGAGCGGAGAGUUUUCCAAGGAGAGGGAGAAGGCCAAGGCGCGUGGUGACUUCCAGAAACUCAGAGAAAAACAGCAACUAGAGGAGGACCUCAAGGGCUAUUUAGACUGGAUCACUCAGGCUGAGGACAUUGACCCAGAGAAUGAAGAGGAGGGCAUGGACGAUGACAAACCCAGAAACCUGAGCAUGCCAGCCAGUGAGAAUGAAUCAGUCAACACAGACAAUGCCCCCGGGGGAGAUGUGGAGGGGGAGACCUGCUGUACCCGGCUAGCAAAUAGGAUCUCCAAAUCCAAGUUCAGUCGCUACUCGCGAAGGUGGAACAGACUCUGCAGAAGGAAGUGCCGGGCGGCGGUCAAAUCGCAGGUUUUCUAUUGGUUGGUCAUCUUCCUGGUUUUCCUCAACACUCUGACCAUCGCCUCUGAACAUCACCAGCAGCCUCAGUGGUUAACUGAUGUACAAGACAUAGCUAAUAAGGUGUUGCUAGCACUCUUCACUGGUGAGAUGCUGUUGAAGAUGUACAGUUUGGGCCUACAGGCGUACUUUGUUUCGCUCUUUAACCGCUUCGACAGCUUCGUAGUAUGUGGAGGAAUUCUGGAGACCAUUCUGGUUGAAACCAAGAUCAUGUCUCCUCUCGGCAUCUCUGUGUUACGCUGUGUACGCUUGCUACGAAUCUUCAAAAUAACCAGAUACUGGAACUCACUGUCCAACCUGGUGGCCUCCCUGCUAAACUCCGUUCGCUCCAUCGCUUCCCUGUUGCUCCUGCUCUUCCUCUUCAUCAUCAUCUUCUCCCUGCUCGGCAUGCAGCUCUUUGGGGGAAAAUUCAACUUCGACGAGACCCGACGCAGCACCUUCGACAACUUUCCCCAGUCUCUGCUGACUGUGUUUCAGAUCCUAACAGGAGAGGACUGGAACUCUGUGAUGUAUGAUGGCAUCAUGGCGUACGGUGGACCCUCCUUUCCUGGCAUGCUGGUCUGCAUCUACUUCAUCAUCCUCUUCAUCUGCGGAAACUAUAUCCUACUGAAUGUCUUCUUGGCCAUCGCUGUAGACAAUCUGGCCGAUGCUGAGAGCCUGACAUCUGCCCAGAAAGAAGAGGAAGAGGAGAAAGAGAGGAAAAAACUGGCCAGGCUUGCCAGUCCAGAGAAGCGUCAUGACAACGAGAAGCCGCCUCUGGAGGAGGAGAAGAAGGAGAAAAUAGAGCUGAAGUCCAUCACUUCUGAUGGAGAGACCAACACUGCUACUAAGAUCAACAUGGAUGACUACUGUGGAGAUGAGACUGAAGAGAAGAAUCCAUAUCCUGCAAAUGAUUACAUAGGAGACGAUGAUGAUGAUGAGCCAGAGAUGCCAGUGGGCCCGAGGCCGCGGCCACUCUCCGACAUUCAGCUGAAGGAGAAAGCCAUUCCCAUGCCUGAGGCCCGUGCUUUCUUCAUCUUCAGCCACACCAACAAAUUCAGGGUUCUUUGCCAUAAGAUCGUCAACCACAACAUCUUCACCAACCUCAUCCUCUUCUUCAUCCUGCUCAGCAGCAUCAGUCUUGCAGCAGAGGACCCAGUCAAGAAUGACUCCUUCAGAAACCAGAUUCUGGGCUAUGCAGAUCAUGUCUUCACUGGACUGUUCACUAUAGAGAUCAUCCUUAAGAUGACAGCCUAUGGAGCCUUCCUCCACAAAGGUUCAUUCUGUAGAAACUAUUUCAACAUCCUGGACCUGGUGGUGGUCAGUGUGUCCCUCAUCUCCUCUGGAAUACAGUCCAGUGCAAUUAAUGUGGUGAAGAUCCUGAGAGUUCUGAGAGUGCUCAGGCCACUAAGAGCCAUCAACAGAGCUAAGGGACUAAAGCAUGUAGUGCAGUGCGUGUUUGUGGCCAUCAGGACCAUCGGCAACAUCGUCAUCGUCACCACGUUGCUCCAGUUCAUGUUCGCCUGUAUUGGAGUACAACUCUUUAAGGGCAAGUUCUUCUACUGUACCGACAGCUCUAAACAGACUGAGGCAGAGUGCAGGGGUUCCUACAUCAUGUAUAAAGACGGUGACGUGGGGAAGCCUGUCAGAGCCUCGAGACUGUGGGAGAACAGUGACUUUAACUUUGAUGAUGUCCUGCAAGGCAUGAUGGCUCUGUUCGCUGUGUCUACCUUUGAGGGGUGGCCAGGGUUACUGUACCGGGCCAUAGACUCUCACGCUGAGGACGUCGGGCCCAUCUACAACUACCGUGUGGUUAUCUCCAUCUUCUUCAUCAUCUACAUCAUCAUCAUUGCCUUCUUCAUGAUGAACAUCUUCGUCGGUUUCGUCAUUGUCACAUUCCAGGAGCAAGGAGAGCAAGAAUAUAAGAACUGUGAGCUGGACAAGAACCAGCGUCAGUGUGUGGAGUAUGCCUUGAAGGCCCGUCCAUUGCGCCGCUACAUCCCUAAGAACCCCUACCAGUACAAGGUGUGGUAUGUGGUCAACUCCACCUACUUUGAGUACCUGAUGUUCACACUCAUCCUUCUCAACACCAUCUGUCUGGCCAUGCAGCAUCAUGGACAGACCUCAAAUUUCAAUGAUGCCAUGAACAUCCUCAACAUGCUCUUCACUGGACUUUUCACUGUGGAGAUGAUCCUUAAACUGAUUGCCUUCAAACCAAGGGGGUACUUUAGUGAUCCCUGGAAUGUGUUUGAUUUCCUCAUCGUAAUUGGCAGCAUAAUAGACGUCAUUCUCAGUGAGAUCAACCCAGCUGACUCCUCCUCGUCCUCGUCCUCCUCCUCUUCGCCCUCCUCCUCCUCCUCUUCCUCCUCUCACCCCCCUGUGGUAAGGCCAAUGAACUCUGAAGAGAACGCCAGGAUCUCCAUCACCUUCUUCCGGCUGUUCCGCGUGAUGAGGCUGGUGAAGCUGCUGUCUCGCGGGGAAGGGAUUCGGACCCUGCUGUGGACCUUCAUCAAAUCCUUCCAAGCUCUGCCCUACGUAGCUCUGCUUAUAGUGAUGCUAUUCUUCAUAUACGCUGUCAUCGGCAUGCAGAUGUUUGGUAAGAUAGCGCUGCAGGAUAACACGCAGAUCAACAGGAACAACAAUUUCCAGACGUUCCCUCAGGCUGUGCUGCUGCUCUUCAGAUGUGCAACAGGCGAGGCGUGGCAGGAGAUCAUGCUGGCGUGCUCGCCCAAUCGGCCGUGUGAGAAGGGCUCAACCAACGAGAACAGCACGACCAAUGAAGACUGUGGCAGCCAGUUUGCCAUCAUUUACUUUGUCAGCUUCUACAUGCUCUGUGCCUUCCUGAUCAUCAACCUGUUUGUGGCUGUCAUCAUGGACAACUUUGACUACCUGACACGUGACUGGUCGAUCCUGGGGCCGCAUCAUCUGGACGAAUUCAAGAGGAUCUGGGCUGAAUAUGACCCAGAAGCUAAGGGGAGGAUAAAGCACCUUGAUGUGGUGACUCUGCUCCGGAGAAUCCAGCCUCCGCUCGGCUUUGGAAAGCUUUGUCCCCACAGGGUGGCCUGCAAACGUCUGGUGUCAAUGAACAUGCCUCUGAACAGCGAUGGAACAGUGAUGUUCAACGCCACACUGUUUGCCCUGGUCAGAACCGCACUCAGGAUUAAGACAGAAGGUAACCUGGAACAGGCCAAUGAGGAGCUGAGGGCAAUAGUGAAGAAGAUCUGGAAGAGAACCAGCAUGAAGCUCUUGGAUCAAGUAGUGCCCCCUGCUGGUGAUGAUGAGGUAACAGUCGGGAAGUUCUACGCUACCUUCCUCAUCCAGGAAUAUUUCCGCAAGUUUAAGAAGAGGAAAGAACAAGGGCUGGUAGCCAAGGUGCCCCCCAAAACUGCCCUCUCUCUGCAGGCGGGCCUGCGGACGUUGCAUGAUAUUGGACCAGAGAUUCGGAGGGCCAUCUCUGGAGACCUGACAGUGGAGGAGGAGCUGGAUAAAGGCCUGAAGGAGCCCGUGUCGGCUGCAUCCGAGGACGAUAUCUUCAGGCGUACGGGUGGGUUAUUCGGCAACCAUGUCAACUACUACAACCAGAGUGAUGGCCGCGGGUCCUUCCCACAGUCCUUCACUACCCAGCGUCCCUUGCAUAUCAGCCAGAAGGGCUCACCUUGCGAAGGCGAAAGCCCGUCCCACGAGAAGCUCAUGGACUCGACCACUUUCACCCCUUCCUCUUACUCCUCAUCAGGCUCCAACGCCAACAUAAACAAUGCCAACAACACCGGCAUGGCUGGGGUGGCAACCCAGGGCAUCAGCCGAUUCCCAAGCCCGUCUAUAAGCACUGUGGAUGGGCACACAGGACAGCCACUCACCCCCAUCCUGCUGCCAAGAUCUGCGUGGUGCUUUCCUCCAAAGAGGACGUGUUUUUAUGACAACCUCAUGCGCUCGGACUCAAGUGACAGCCGUCUGCCAAUCAUACGAAGAGGGGAGGGGUCAACGGAGGAGACUUACGAUGAGAGCUAUGGCGAGGACAGGGAGUACCAUGAGGAUGACCACUCGCUCUCCUCUGACAUGCUGGUGUAUCACGAUGACACGUGUAAGCAGUUGACUCCCAUGGAGGAAGGAGAGGAGGUAGAGGACAGAAGAGGAGGAGGAUGGCAGUCUCCCAGGAGAGUCUUCCUCUGCCCCACUUCUCUGGGGCGGAGAUCGUCCUUCCAUCUGGAGUGUCUCAGGAGACAGUCAAGGCCAGACGUGUCCCAGAAGACGGCUGUACCCUUGCACCUAGUACAUCAUCAGGCGCUGGCAGUGGCAGGGUUGAGUCCUCUGCUAAGAAGGAGUCACUCACCUACCCUCUUCAGCCGGCUGUGCUCUACACCUCCAGCCAGUCCCACAGCUCAUGGCAGUGAUGCCUCCUACCAGCGAGUGCCCUCUCUGAGGUUAGAGGGCUCCAACUCCCAUGAAAAGCUCAAUACCAGCCUGCCCUCUGUCAACUGUGGGCCCUGGUACAGUGACAGUAAUGGGAACAGCCGGGGGCCUAGUCCUAGUCCCACCCCCAGCGUGUCAGUGUCCAAUCAAAGAGCACCACGGCCAGUGUCGCUCACAGUACCCUCACUACUGGGAAAAGACUCCAGCACGCUGUGUCACGGCAGUGCAGGCAGUCUGGUGGAGGCGGUGCUAAUAUCAGAGGGUUUGGGUCAUUUCGCUCAGGACCCAUCAUUCAUCGAGGCGACCAAAGCCGAGUUAGCUGACGCCUGUGACAUGACCAUCGAGGAGAUGGAACACGCCGCCAACAACAUUCUCAACGGCAACACCACCACAAACGCCACAUCCAGCACCUCCUCCACCUCCCAGCACAGCCCCAACGGCAACCUCCUCCCCUUCCACACAGCAGCAGCAGCAACGCACAGGGACCGAGUGGUCAGCUUGAGUCCCAGCGAGGGCGGGGGAGAGGCCGCAGGAAGCAGAGGCUCCAUCCACGGGCCAUCCUCUGUGGAGGAGCGGCAGGAGCUGCUAGCAGGGGGCAGAGGACGAGAAGAGGAGGAGGAAGAGGCGGAAGAAAGGGAGGAGGGGCACCACAGAAGCUCAGUUGUGAUUGGAGCAGCGCGGCAGAGGAACAGCGGGCUGUUGGAGGACGAGGACAUGGAGUGUGUGACGAGUUUGUAG